AUGGUCUCUACCUUUUCUCCAAGAUUGACCCUCCAGAAGUGGUGGAUCACUAUCCGCAAGACCUUGCAAGCCAAAGGGGUGGAUAUCUCUGUGUUCUCUAUGGAUUGGCUGCUUGAGCAUCCACCAAACUUCAUGAAGAGGAUGCGAGAGCCUUUUGAAAAGUCAAAGAAUGCCAAUAAGGCUAAAUUGGGAGAAACUUAUGGGUCAAGACCUCUAGUCCCUCUAGCUGAUUCUCCAAGUAAGUAUCUGCCUCCCUCUCGCUCUGUUAAAUUAAAGUCAAUUGCUUCUUAUCUUCCCCAAACCACUCCCAUCAACAUCCAAUCAGAAACACCACCCUCCACCACCAGAUCCUCUAACCCGCCAUCUCUGAAAUUUAAUCUCGCAACCACUACCUUACCAGUUUCUGAAGCAGAAAUGCUGAACGAAACCACCUCACCAUCAUCUUCCACACCUUCAUCCCCACCAUACUACAUUCUCUCAUCUGACAACAAACCCUCUGACCCCCAAUCCCCCACACUAGCUCAACUUCAGGCACGUGCUCUGGCCUCACAGCAACCACCACAACCUGAACAAGAAGUCACCUCUCCACCCCCUAAACAACAAAAUCCACCUCCAUAUGAUCAACCUCAAACACCACCCCCUGAACAACAAACAAAUCCACCAUCUGAACAACCACAAACACCACCUCCUGAAUAA